UGAGCUGCCUUCUCCGCCACCCACCGCCCACCCACCUACCGCUCCAGCCGACUAGUACAGGGGAAAAAAUUAAAAAAAAGCGCCGCGAAGCGCGGGGAACGAAAUCGCCCGGCGAAUCCACCCGCCGCCGCGAUGGAGGCCGCGCCCGCCGUGCUCGACGCCUUCUUCGCCGGGCCGCGCCACCUCCGCCCCGGCGGCGGGUGCAGAUCCGCGCGCCUGCAGGCCCAGCCGUGCCGCGCCGCCGCCCGCUCCGCGCGCGCCGGCUGGCAGGCCGCCUGCGCCAGCAACUCGGGCAGGCAGCCGGCGCCGCGGGUGAACGGGCCGCCGCCGCCGCCGGCCCCCGCGCUGGAGGCGGCGCCGGCGCCCGCGGAGCUGGAUCUGGUGCCCGUCUCCAACCUUCCCCGCCCGCUGAGCAUCAGCGACCUGUCCCCGGCGCCGAUGCACGGGUCGCAGCUGCGCGUGGCGUACCAGGGCGUCCCGGGCGCCUACAGCGAGUCCGCCGCCGCCAAGGCCUACCCGGGCUGCGACGCCAUCCCCUGCGACCAGUUCGAGGUGGCCUUCCAGGCCGUGGAGCUCUGGAUCGCCGACCGCGCGGUGCUCCCCGUCGAGAACUCGCUCGGCGGCAGCAUCCACCGCAACUACGACCUCCUCCUCCGCCAUCGCCUCCACAUCGUCGGCGAGGUCCAGCUCCCCGUCCACCACUGCCUGCUCGCGCUCCCGGGGGUGCGCCGGGAGCUGCUCACCCGGGUCAUCUCCCACCCGCAGGCGCUCGCGCAGUGCGAGCUCACGCUCAACGCCAUGGGCCUCAACGUCGCGCGCGAGGCCUUCGACGACACCGCCGGCGCCGCCGAGCACGUCGCCGCGGCGGGGCUCCGCGACACCGCCGCCAUCGCCUCCGCCCGCGCCGCCGAGCUCUACGGCCUCCAGGUGCUCGCCGACGGCAUCCAGGACGACGCCGGCAACGUCACCCGCUUCGUCAUGCUCGCGCGGGAGCCCAUCGUCCCGCGCACCGACCGGCCCUUCAAGACCAGCAUCGUCUUCGCGCACGACGCCGACGGCACCUCCAUCCUCUUCAAGGUGCUCUCCGCCUUCGCCUUCCGCGACAUCUCGCUCACCAAGAUCGAGAGCCGUCCGCACCGCCACCGCCCCAUCCGCCUCGUCGACGACGCCAACGUCGGCACCGCCAAGCACUUCGAGUACAUGUUCUACAUCGACUUCCAGGCCUCCAUGGCCGACGUCCGCGCGCAGAACGCGCUCGCCGAGAUCCAGGAGUUCACCUCUUUCCUCAGGGUGCUCGGCAGCUACCCCAUGGACAUGACGCCAUGGGAAGCCGCCGCCGCGCCCUACUCCCGCGUCGACAAUACCAGCAGCACCAGCCAGCACUGAUCAAUCAAUGGUGAAUCGAUCGCCACGCUUCUGUUUAAUUAGAAAGAGGAACGCGCAAGAAAAUGUUCUUUUAUUCGCUUUCGAUUUGGAGGAGGAUUGCAUUGCAUUUGGUCGAUGAUUCUCCUCGAUGCUCCUAGCUUUUGAAUUCUUGUAGUGAAAUCCGAAGAAACGGUGAAAUGUAGGGGGGCUCUUGCUGUAUGCUGUGGGUGUAUGUAAUUACAGUAGAUUCUUUCUUCUUCAAACCUUGGAAGGAAUCAAGUGAAAACCAUCAACAGCCACUGCUGUCUGCCGCUCGGUUCGGCAGCCAGCUCCAGCCCAACAAUAUUUCUCUCUUACACUACUCCAGUUCCAACCAGACCAAUAGUAUUUUCUCUCA